AUGUUUCUCAGCCCCUCGGGGCCCCGCCUGGUCGCGUCGCUGGCCGCUGCUUUACGCUUGAUGGCGCCGUAUGACCUGCUUUCAGUGCCCAGGGGCACCUUGGCCGCCGAACCACCCCUCGGCUCCUUCUCCCCUUCAUUGUCCGAUUUCGCCGUCAUUGAGCAGGACGACAGCGAGGGAGAAUCGCCACUGUACGAGUCCGUAUUCAACCUUUUCAGCCCGAGUAUCCUGGGACGCGCCGGAGACACCACCCCCCUCGAGCUGGACAAGCCGCUGGCCCUCAACAUCCAACCAGGCGGCACGCCAAUCUGCUACAUCGUCAAGAGCGGCUCUCUGGGGACCAACUCCAGCGCGAGCUCGUCCCCGAGCAGGCAGAAGAGAAAAGCAGACGGAGACGGCGACGGCGACCUCGGGGGCGGCGGCUCGGAUGCAGGAAGCCAGGCGCCGGACGCGGCAGUCUUCAUCUCGGCCAACACGUGCCUGCAGCCAGCUCCCAAGGCCGACGGCACGGCGUCCAGCCCCAGCCCGCCGCAGCUUGUUCUCUUCGUCUCCAACGCAAAGGGCGCGAAAUGUCCCGACAUCGCGAGCGGAGCCGGCGACGCCCACGCUGCCGGGUUCACGUCGCAUGAAUUUACCGAAGGUGCUGUCGCCGUCAACGUCAACGGCACCAACGACGUGUAUAUUGGUGUCUACGCCCCCAAGGUUUCCGACGGCUUCGAGGGAUCCUACGGCUACGAGCUGGCGGCGUCUGGCACGCAGUUUUUCCACCAGUACCAAAACGUCAGCGAGGGCGCCAAGCUGCUGUGGAUGGACAGCGACUCCACGUCGGCCCUGCUGGUGACUACUCCGCUGACCGAAGACGCGGGCAAGGUGCGGCACAUGAUGGGCGAGGACCCGCCGUACCAGCUCUAUGUGAGCCAGCAAGACUGGCUGGCAACCAAGGGCCUCAGUCGCUCGGCCUGCGGGCUGCAGAAGAAUGCGCUCAUUGGCGCCAAUAACCAAGGCACGGGCAGAAACAACGCCCUGGUCAAGACUACCAUGACUCUCCGGGGGUCUGGCGGGAUGCCCAAGCAGCAAUUCUAUGUCGUUGGCUUGAACGCGACCACGACUUACAGAGGAACGAUUGUCCGGCCUGCCAACGUCACUGUCAACUCCAAGAGGCUGGAUGGCGGCGGCAGCCAGACCCCUCAGAAUACCGGUAGCAUUGUUUUCCAAGCUACGACGUUCAAUACCAGCGCAGCACCGAAUUGCAAGGUGGUGUCGGACCUGGAGUUUUGCGACGAGAUUCAAUAUGCCGUGCCCGGAAACGACGUCAAGUACAACAACACAGCGCUUGCGCAAGUGUACGACGACUACGCCAAGUCCAUGUACGAGUACUUCCUCAAGGUGAUGCAGCAGAUUGCAUGCGAAACGGACGAAACAUCAAUCUACUCGCUGGCCAGGACGUGCGACGACUGCAAGCGGGCGUACAAGCGAUGGCUCUGCAUCGUCAGCCUGCCGCGGUGCGAGGACCUGCAGGGCGGGUCCAGCGUCAGCGUCAUCCGAAACGUGAACCAAGCGUUUCCCAACGGGACGACGCUCCCGGCGGACCUGCGGCAAAGGCUCGGCCAGGUGCCGGCCCAGAACGCUUCGAGGAACAGCUUCAUCGACCAGACCAUCCAGCCUGGGCCGUACCGGGAGUUUAUGCCUUGCGACGACCUCUGCUACCAGGUGGUCCGGAGCUGCCCGGCCAAGAUUGGGUUCAAGUGUCCGCGCCCGGGCAUGCACGCGUUCAACGUCACCUACGGCAGGCGAAAGGACGGCAGCUCCAUGCCGACGUGCAACUUCCCCGGCGAGGCAAGGACGCGGAUCAGCGAUGCGGGGGGGGUGAUGCCGAGCCUGGUGUUUUCGGCCGCCAUGCUCCUGCUAAGCAGCAGCGUGUUGAUGAUGUGA